CUUCGUCAUUUCAGCAGGGUCCGCCCAGAUUUAAGGACUUCACUGGACUCCCAUAGCGGAAAAAACAAACAAACGUAACGUUAUGGAGUUAAAUGCUUUGAUCGCCGGGGGUCAUGAUAUGCUUUAAUUGGAUCUAUCAUUUGUGAGAGUGGGUGUACAGAUCUAGAUGAAAAAUACCAACAUAUAGUAUUGCUGUGACAAUGCUUUUAACUGUGAAGGAAGACGAAUUUUCAGAAGGUCACUCGAGUGGAAGUGGAGUGGAGGAGAGAAAAAGUUCUUAGCCAAUGUGGUAAUAGCAAGUUGCUAGAUAGCGCAGCUGAUUGACACACUUAUCAGCUAACCUACAUUUAAACAUAAUCUUAUUUUUUCUUAUCGAUUCUUCUACCUAGCCAGUUGGCUAGCUGGGAACUACUUUUAAGGUCUAAAAGUACAACUUGCUUGCAUGCUACGUGGAUAUAAUGUUGUCGUUAGCCAGCUAACGUUUACUAAUAUCGUUUGCUAACAUGAGUAGCCAGGUAACGUCAACUAAGGUUAACACUGACGGGAACCUUGAGUGAUCUAAAUGUGUUCGCAUGUACUUCCAAGUUCAAUCAAUCCUCGUUCGUUAUCUAAAGUUAUUUUAACGGUAAGUCAUGCGCAACUCGCAUCUCCCCAGAUAUGUUCAGGUAGCUGAUGUGUUGUCUUGAGAUAGUAUGCUGACUUGUGAAUAGUCAACGUUAUGAACCAGGAUUAAGCUAUCAAACGUUAGCCUACAUGUUGAACUGAGAAUAAGUGCCUGUAACACAGUCUUGUACACACACGAAACAUACUUCCUAUUUCUACAUCCUAUACCUGUUCUAAUUUUUAGCACGUUUUUAAAUACUUAACAGAUAAGUAGCGUUUUUUUUAAUAAGACAUUGCCUGUCCAUUCAACAUCUAGUUCAACACUAUUGGUUUAGUUUAACCAAAGAAAAUGCUGGCCUCUUACUUAAAACUUCCUGCACAUCUUAGAAAAGCCUCAGCAGUCCGUAAAGCAGCUUUGCUUCUGGUUGCUGCCUAUGGCAUCAAAAAACUCUACCCACACAUUUAUGCCAAGUUCACAGGCAAGACUAGUAAACAGUCCUCGGGGCCCCUAUCGCUUGACACAAACGGGGAGCCCCGGGGCCUGUCAGACAAGGAGAAGAGGAGAAGCCGCUCCCCGGCUGUCAACCGUGAGUUCCUGGCGAGGCUGGGUCACCUGUUGCGCAUCCUCUUCCCCCGACUCUUCUGUAAAGAGCUGGCCUUGCUUGGCUUCCACUCUGUAGCCCUCAUGUCACGCACAUUCCUCUCCAUCUAUGUGGCCAGCCUGGACGGCCGCAUUGUCAAGACCAUUGUGAAGAAGGAUCCGCAGGCGUUUGCGUGGGAGCUGACCAAGUGGCUCCUGAUCGCCAUCCCCGCCACCUUUGUGAACAGCGUGAUCCGCUACCUGGAGGGUCAGCUGACCCUGGCCUUCCGCACGCGGCUGGUCUCCCACGCCUACCAGCUCUACUUCAGCAAUCAGACCUACUACCGCGUCAGCAACCUGGACGGCCGGCUGGCCAACCCAGACCAGUCCCUGACCGAGGACGUGGUGAUGUUCGCUGCCUCCGUCUCCCACCUCUACUCCAACCUGACCAAACCCAUCCUGGAUGUGGUGGUCACCUGUUACACCCUGAUCAAGGCAGCUGAAUCCAAAGGUGCCAACACCAACUGGCCGGCGGCCAUAGCGGGUGUCGCAGUGGGCCUCACAGGGUUGGUGCUGCGGGCGUUCUCCCCGAGCUUCGGGAAGCUGGUGGCUGAGGAGGCCAGGAGGAAAGGAGACCUGCGCUACAUGCACUCGCGCAUUAUCGCCAAUUCAGAGGAGAUUGCCUUCUAUGGGGGACACAAGGUGGAGAUGUCCCAGCUUCAGCGCAGCUACAAGGCCUUGUCCUCCCAGAUCAACCUCAUCCUGUUCAAGCGCCUGUGGUACGUCAUGCUGGAGCAGUUCCUCAUGAAGUACGUGUGGAGCUCCGCAGGGCUGACCAUGGUGGCCGUGCCCAUCAUCACGGCCACAGGCUACUCCAAGCAUGAUUCAGAAGAUGUGAAGCAGGCUGCUAUGGUGAUGAAGGAGGAGGACCUGGUGAGCGACCGCACGGAGGCCUUCACUACGGCCCGGAACCUUCUGAACGCCGCAGCUGACGCUGUGGAGAGGAUCAUGAGCUCCUACAAAGAGGUCACAGAGCUGGCGGGCUACACGGCACGUGUUCACGAGAUGUUCACCGUGUUCGAGGAUGUGCAGGCAGGAGUGUACCGGCGAUCUGCCAGCAGUGAGGAGGAGCCCCAGGCCUCCGAGGGCAAGCUGCAGGGGGCAGUAAAGCACGGCAUGAGGGUGGAAGGACCGCUGGAAGUCAGAGGUCAGGUGAUUGAUGUGGAACAUAAUAUCAGAUGUGAGAACCUGCCCAUCAUCACUCCCACUGGAGAUGUAGUCGUAUCCUCCCUCAACAUCCAGGUGGAUGAGGGGAUGCAUUUGCUGAUUACCGGACCUAAUGGCUGUGGUAAAAGUUCCCUCUUCCGCAUUCUUAGCGGCUUGUGGCCUGUUUACAAUGGAGUCCUGUACAAGCCAUCACCCAAACACAUGUUCUACAUCCCACAGAGGCCGUACAUGUCUGUGGGCACCCUCCGUGACCAGGUGAUCUACCCCCACACAGUGGAGGAUAUGAGUGAGAAGGGUUUCACAGACGAGCAGCUGGAGGACAUCCUCCGGAUCGUCAACCUGCGCUACAUACUGGAGAGGGAGGGAGGUUGGGAUGUGGAGAGUGACUGGAAGGACGUGCUGUCAGGAGGGGAGAAACAGCGGAUGGGAAUGGCCCGGAUGUUCUACCACAAGCCUAAAUAUGCCCUGUUGGACGAAUGCACCAGUGCUGUUAGCAUUGAUGUGGAGGGGAAAAUAUUCGAAGCUGCUAAGGAUGCUGGGAUUGCACUUCUCUCAAUCACACAUCGGCCCUCCCUAUGGAAGUACCACUCGCACCUGCUGCAGUUUGACGGCGAGGGCGGCUGGCGCUUCGAGAAGCUGGACGCCUCCACGCGCCUCUCCCUGCAGGACGAGAAACUGCGGCUGGAGACCCAGCUCUCGGGCAUUCCCAAGAUGCAGCAGCGGCUGGCGGACCUGUGCCGCAUGCUGGGCGAGGACAGCGGCGCCCUGCCCGCGCUGGGGGAGGGGCCAGGGGACGGGGAGGGGCUAGAAGAGAAGACUGAGGAGGCGUUGUUGGGACAAAAGGGAGAGGAGUAGAGGAGAUGAGGCUUUGGAGACAGAGAGGGAAAUGCCACUGUGGUAUGAUGGUGGUGGCCUGUCUGCAAGAGAGGAGAGAGGAGGGUAGGGGGUGAAUACAUAUGCCAGGCCAGGUGUGCGAGUGUUUUAAUGGGUUUGUUUCUGCUGGAGUGUGUGUGUGUGUGUGUGUGUGUGUGUGUGUGUGUGUGUGUGUGUGUGUGUGAGAGUGUGAGUGCGACAGUGGCAGGGAGGGAGGGAGAGAGAAAGAGAGGUGGUGGGAAAGAGAACAAAUAAAUUGAUACUGGAAGUGAGUGUAUGAAAUGCAGAUGGCGUUGGAUCAGGAGUGGAACGGUGAGGCCUUAACAAGCCGGGGAGUGUCGGUGGCACUCACCCUUGUGCAUGAAUGUCAGCAAGAGUUUAUUCCCCUGCCUGGGUUAUGCACGGGGGGUGGGGGGGUUUGGUGUUGGGAGGGGGUAGUGAAGAAACAGCUGCCAACUCUGCCAGGUGCUGUGGAAUGAUGAAAGCCCCCAUGAAAGCUGUCUCUUGCCUGUUAUCUGAAUUCUCCACUGAAUUUCAGGGAGGCUGUGGUACAAACGCCGCUGAGCCCCAGUGGGAAAACGCUGCACACAUUACUGACUCUAGUACUGUAUAUCACCAUUAUUUUUUGUGUUGGGAUUUUUUUUUAUCCAUUGUGUCCGCUUGCUGUACACUGCGAAACUGUCUGCUGGGUGAGGCGUAACCACUUGUAGACCUGUGCCAUGUUUUUCAUGACAUCUUUGAUUGACCUCGCCAACUUUUUUUUUAUUUUGGCAUCACUUUGCUUCUUCGGUUAUUUCAGUUGAACUGAUAAGAGUUCACGGUUCACUGAUUAGAGUUGAACAAUGUUCAAUUGGGAUUAUUUUUUUUUAUUUUUUUUUUUCAUUCUUUUGAAUGUUACUUUUUAACUUUAAAUGGUCCUUUCAGUUUUAGAAAUUAUUGCUGUACUUUUGAGUAGAUAAUUUCAUUUAUUUUCACUGAAAUUGUAUUUGUUUGUAAUCAAUGAAGGCUUCAUAUUAAGGGCUAACAGUUUGACUAAACUGUAGAUGAAAUUUAAGACCACAGCAAAAUCUUAAAAUUGUAGCUCAGAAAUUGAUUUUAUGACUUGCAUGGUUUACACAUAGCUAAGCUGUUCUUUGCUGUGCUGUAUAUUGGAUUUGUCUGAUUCAUGAAUGUUUUUAUUGUUGAGAUUUUAUGCUCAUAUGUCUUUGAGACACACAGAGGAUAGGACAAAAAUCUCAUUAAACAUUUCUUAUGGUAGUAUGUAUGAUGACCUAGUCUUGACCGAAAAACAUUUAUUUUUAAUUUGAACUGUUUAAUUGUAGUUUGAAUCAAUCACUUUAAUCCAAAAGGAUUUUAUAAAGUCAGUUCUUGCACAAUUAUUUUGUAUUAUUAGUUCUAGUAAUCCUAACAUGUAGAGAUUUCCUUAUUUAGUAGAUGCUAAUGAAUAUGUUGAUGAUGGUUUGGCUGAUGAGUAAUAUCCCCUCAGGAAUUUGCACAAGUAUGGAAGAGAAUUCUAUUUGAACUCUUGCCCAGACAUCAUUUAUAUGUAUCUUCAGGUCAGUCAGCGUGCCUCCACUGGUUCCAAGCAAUACUGGCCAAUUGUAUUUGGGGGGCCUUCUAAAAAUCAGAACGCUCUGCAGCAUCAGUCCAAGCAUAAUCAGAAGGCUGCUGAAACCUGCCCCACAAAGACUCUAUGCACAUUAUUAUUAUUUCCUCAGUGCCAUUUUUAAUUAGGUAAAUAAAAUUAUAACUGAUUUAU